AAAUAUAAAAUUACGCGGUCUAUCACGUUUCCCCCUUUCUCUCUCCUCUCAUUCUCCUCUCUCUCUCUCUCUCUCUCUCUGUCUCUUCAUUCUUCUUCUCUCUUUGUCUCCGUCCAUGGCCAUCUGAGAGAAGCAACUGAACAUGAAUGGGGAGAAAUUGUAAUAAACGUAGCCGAAUCUAGGGCCUUUUUAGGGGUCUCAAUAUCCUUGACCUAACGCAUUCCCAGAGAGUGAAAGAGGAGGAGAGGGAAGUCAAAGGAAGAAGACGAUGUCGCCAUUUGACUCUCUGGAUGCGUUUCUUAUCUAUUCUAGCGGAGUUUUUUGUAGUCCUCUCGCUAUAUUUAUUCAGAUCCAGGGAUAUCUAAUUUGCUUAACUCUCGCUGUUGGAUGGGCUUUUGCUGCUUAUGUCAGGAGUAGAGAGAUUAGACAGAUGAAAGAUAGCAUGAAAGGCGGCAAUAGCUUUGCAUUUCUUAGUCACGAUAUUAAUGACCUCGAGCACUCUAAUCAGGUUAACCUGCCAAGAGUGACUGUUGUAAUGCCGUUAAAAGGCUUCGGGGAGCACAAUUUACAUAACUGGAGAACUCAGAUCACGUCCUUAUAUGGUGGUCCUUUGGAAUUUCAUUUUGUGGUGGAAAGUACGGAUGAUCCUGCUUACCAUGCUCUAAAUCGGUUACUAGCAGAUUUUAAGGAUGACGUUGAUGCAAAGAUUUUUGUAGCUGGGUUGUCAACAACUUGUAGUCAAAAAAUUCACAAUCAGUUGAUUGGGGUGGAGAGAAUGCAUAAAGACAGCAAGUAUGUGUUGUUUCUUGACGAUGAUGUUAGGCUGCAUCCUGGGUCAAUUGGAGCCCUCACAGCCGAGAUGGAAAAAAAUCCUGAGAUUUUUAUUCAAACAGGAUACCCUCUUGAUUUACCUUCUGGAAGUUUGGGAAGUUACUGCAUCUAUGAAUACCAUAUGCCUUGUUCGAUGGGGUUUGCUACUGGUGGCAAAACAUUUUUCCUGUGGGGAGGGUGCAUGAUGAUGCAUGCAGAUGAUUUUAGAAAUAACCGUCAUGGGGUGGUUUCGGAUCUUCGAGAUGGGGGAUAUUCUGAUGACAUGACUCUUGCAGCCAUAGCAGGGGCUCAUAAGAGGCUAAUUACAUCACCACCAGUUGCUGUUUUUCCUCACCCGCUGGCAAGUGAUCUUAGUUUCUCAAGGUACUGGAACUACUUGAGGAAGCAAACAUUUGUUCUGGAAUCAUACGCGACAAAGGUUAACUGGAUAAUGAACCGUGCAUUAUUUUCUUCCCACUGCUACCUAUCAUGGGGAUUUGUGGCGCCAUAUCUUAUGGCUGUCUUUCAUCUCGCGGCAGCACUAAGAAUUUAUUCUCUAGGGCAUUCAGUCGGGGAUACUGCCCAUACUUCUCGUGGCUUGACACUUGCAGGCUGCCUAGCUAUAUGCACUUUUAUAGAACUUCUCUCUAUGUGGAACUUGACCAGAAUAGAAGUUCAACUAUGCAACAUGUUAUCUCCUGAGGCGCUUCCGCUGUCCCUUGCCUCUUACAACUGGUGCCUUGUAUUUAUUGCGAUGCUGGUUGAUAAUUUCUUGUACCCUAUCUCCGCUUUUCGUUCACAUUUUUGUCAGUCCAUCAAUUGGUCUGGCAUUCGAUACCACUUGAAGGAUGGGAAGAUAAGUAAGAUUGACAGAAGCAAGGAUAAGGGACCGAAAUAUACGGAUUUGGGUGGGAAACGUUUAUAUGGAAAGAGAGGAGUUCAUCCCAACUCGUCCAUCUUUGGCUCUUGGUCAACAAAUCUGACCCAGUGGCGCCAGCCCAGGAAAUUUGAUGUCUAGAAAUUGGGCUUUUAACGAACACGGACUUAUCGAUGAAUCGUGGUGGCUUUCGGAACAACACUUCUUGGGAUUAUUCACGUCCUAGCACAUAGUUUGGCCAAUACAAUCCUUGAUUUAUUUAUGUGCUAUCAUUCAUUUGAUUGUUCAUUACCCAUUCAAUCAAUUGAUUAUUCAGCUUCAAUGUUCCCCACUGGUAGGUUACUUCACGUAGUUUAUUGUAAUGGUUUUCCUCAGUGAGUUACGCAUUUAGAACUCCAGU